UGUGACCAGUUCAACUGUUGUAAAAUAGAAGGUUAUGUCAAAAUCAUCGUAGAAUUUUUGGGAAAAUACUGUUACUUUUGAUUUCACUGGAAAAUAUACUUCGGAGUUGUUCAGUGUUUUUGACUAUUAUUAUUUCCAUUAAUACCUUGAAAGGAAACUUAAAUCAUGCCAUCUGCAAUUCUUGUACCUAAAAUUUAGAAUAUAAACGAAAAAUAGAAAUUCACAUCAGUGAAGAUUACUCAAGGGAGAAGCUUGUUUGUUAGAUGGGGCAGCAUUGAUAAACGUAUUAGUUAUCAAAGAUACAAGUAAAGUGUCCAGGGACCAGCCGCACAGGAUUAUUAUAUCAUUCAUUAAUUAUUUAUAAUCAGUCGGAAAGGGAGAAGGUGUAAAUAUUUAUGCAGACAAUGAAUUUGCAUCAGCUGGGACUCAACCAGUGUAGACGGUCAGUUUAUUGGGUAGAUUAUGUUCCCCCAAGACCAGGACCAAAUGGACAAACAGAAAUCAUUGCCACACCUCGUGUUCAAGAACUGGCAAGACACAGACCGCCAAGCAAACACUGGAUGGGCGACAGGAUAACACCAAUGUGGCCUGUUUCGGAUGAAGCCAAAAAUGCUCCGACGACAGAACGAAUCAUGCUGCUGAGCCGUCAUAAAACAUUUUAUGACCAUAAAUUGGAACGAUCUCCAUACAUGAGCGUCUCAGACUCAGCUAAACGGGCAACACCAAGUCAGCGAUUGGAACAACUCGCAGUACCAAAGCAACGUCAAGACCGUUUUGGAAUUUAUGAAACAGAAUGGGGUCAGUAUAAUCCAGUUUCACCGGCAGCUAUGAAGGCUUCACAUACCGAACGAAUUGAGUCACUUGCUCAGUCAAAAGGUUACCAUAAAAAUUUUCAGGAUGAACGCAGUAUACAAUGGACAGUUGGCAAUUCGGCUCUAAACGCGAUCGCUACAUUGAGAAUGCAGCAGUUAGCACGUCCAAGAAGUAGAACAAUGAUAAGAGACGAUUAUGAUCCAUAUAGAAUUUCACCAUCUGCAAAACGGGCUCGGUGCACACCUAGAAUAGAUGAGUUGUGCGUUCCACUUCCGAGAAAAGUAAGACAAAAGAAAGUUGUUUAAGUAUUGUUUGUUAUUGAAAAGUUGUUGAUUAAAAAAGGCUAAAAUAUUUAUGUUAUAUUUUCAUUUUAAGUUUAUAAAAUAUCUUUGUGUUUAAAUUUGUUGCCUGAAUUCAAACUGUUAAGAUUUUGUUAAACUUCUUUAUUUAAAGGUAUAUUUUCACUUCAGACAUGCUGAGUUGUUCCAAAAGGUUUGGUAAAUUUGAAAAUGUGACAUUAAUGCCUGUGAAUUCCUGUAUAAACUUGUAAUUCUGUUGGUUUUGAUGUGUUUAUUGAGGAUUUGUAAAAUUUGAUUUAUACAGAAAAUUCAGACUUUCAAAACAUUUUUCUGCUGUCAGUAAAUUUUUAUGUUAUUUGCUCAGUAGAGAGCGCACAGCUCACAGGGUGUUCAGUCCCCAUGUGAGGUGUGUGUUCUCCGUGACGAUUUGACCAAAAAAAAAGCUGUGUCUGAAGUCAUUUUGUCCUCCGCCUCGGAUUCAUGUGGAAAAGUUAGCAGUUACUUGUGGAGAACAGGUUAGUACUGGUACAGAAUCCAGGAGCACUGUGUAGGUGCCCACUGUCCACCGUGGCAUAACUGAAGUACUGUUGUAAAUGGUGCUAAACUGAAAACAUACAAACUGCUUGUUUAAAGGUACAGUCAUGAAUAAUUUUUUUGCAACACUUCAAAAUUUCAUUGAGGGAAAAAUAACAUUUUAGACAAUCUAGAUUUUUGAAAAUUUGAAUGUUUGUUGUUGCAUAACAAGUGUAAUCUGGUUAUGGUGGCGCAGAACAAAUGAUGCAUUUAAUCACCAGGUUUUACCUUAUAUGGUAAUAUAAAUGGUGGUCUUGUUUUCAGGUGAUCUCAGAAAAAAAUAAUUAUAAUUCAGUUUUGUAGAUUACAAGGAACAGUUAUAAUACCUUGAUAUUUUUAAGACAUGACUUGUAGGACAUGCAAAAAGAGCAUAAUGCUUGCUUCCACGUCAGUUGCUUUUGUUGGAAAUUUCCUGAUUCAAGGAUACCAGCCUGAUCCUCCAAACCGUGUGAUAACAUUUUAAAGAAAUCUUGCUUCAAAAUUCAUCUAUACAAAUUUCUCUAGUUUUGUACAUUGUUUUUUUUUUUUUUUAAAGUGGACCAAAAUGUAACUUUUCCAAAAAGGUCAUUUAUCACAUGAUUUGCAAACCUUUUUUGAAGUUUGUAGUAGUAAUGUAAUUGGUUAAAUGGAAAUGAGGUUAGUUUUCGGCUAUGGCUAAAAUGUUAGUAUUUGCAUAUUUCAGUGAUAAAUUUUUGUUUACAUGUUUAAUAUUAUAUGGGUAUUAUUUCGUUGUUUUUUUUUAAUUAAGUUUCCUGCCAGCAAUUUACAUUAUGUAGUUUAGAAUUUACUUUUUUUUUUUCAAGCUUUUAGGAUAUGCUUUAAACUUUAAAGGAAAGCUUUGCUUGGUCCAGUCUGAUUUGACUGUGUAAAAUUAUUACAAUAAUUGGCAUUUUGAAUAUAAUUUCAGUGGCCUAAGUCUGUUUAUGUCCUCCUUGCUACAGAAAGUAGUAUAGGAUAGCAAGCCAUUUAGGCAAUAUGUAAACGCUUAAGUUCUAGAGUAAUUUAAAUACAAAUUUUAAAUAUAUUAAGUUAGUACAUGCCAGACUGGCGUCAAAGUGAUGUUGUAUUAUAUUGUAGUAUAUACGGUAAUUUAUGUUGUAUUCCGCGUUUGACGUGCUGCACUUUAUGAUCUGGUGAACUUCUUGACACACAUACUUUUGGAUAAAUUCAAAUUUAUUUGCUAUUUUUUGGUGACCAGAUUCCUUUACAACUUCUCAUUUUAAGAGAGAAAACUAGUGUAUCUAUAAUAUGUAUGCAGUGAAGAGAAAUAUUGGUAAAACAUUCAAGACAUAAAGUAAUGACCAGAAAUUGUGUAAAAGUCAGUGGCUUCAUUUUAUAUCAUUUUAACUGAUGAAAACAAAUCAGAUUCUGUCUUUUAUUUCAAACAGUCUUUUCAAGAAUUUUACCAGAUAUAUUCAUAUCGUUUGCUGUGAUUUUGUUAUAACUGUUCACGUGCAAUAUGUAGCUUUCCUCACCUAGUGACGUCCUAUCAGUAUUCCAUAUAUUGUUGUGUAUUUCUUGUUAUUAGGCCAAAAAUACGACAUUUGCUUCCUGUCCAUCAGUCUGACUUUAUUUUAAAGUCAGGCUUCUAGUUUUUAUUUGCAAACCGCUUUGCUUUGUACUUUUGAAGUACAAUUCCACAGAUAUUUGAAGGAAAAAAGACAAUAUUUUUCCCUGUUUCUGAUAAGGGUACUUGAAGCAGAUCCAUAUUUUAUUGUUUGGCCUAUGUGUGAAUUGUUUUCAUUAUUUUCAACAUUUGAUUUUGCCAUCUUUACCACAUGCGGCAGUAUUGUUAAAUGGUAAACAAACUGGUCAAUGCAAAAAGGAAUUAAUUGUUUUUUGUAUGUUUGUUUGGCCUAGUUGAUUGUUUUUUGCACUGACCUUUUUGAAAUAUAUAUAUAUGUGUUGAUUAUAUAUCUGGGUUUGAUGUAUAUUAAGGUUAUGUGUGUCAUCUCACAUGUAGACUCUGUGUUAAACUAACGGCAGAUUCAAAUCAGUUUCUGGAUUAAAAUAAACUCCAUGUGGUCACUAGAGAAACAUUAUUUUAUAUAUUGAAAAUUUAAAAUAAUACACCAACAUGCAGUUUGGAUUUAUUUCAUGAAAGAAUCCUGCCAUCUUUUCUGCAUGUCUUUAUAUGUGAUAUGGCUCAAAUAACAGUGUUUGGUUUUAAAAUUAUCCAUGUACAUUAACUUUGUUUACAGUCCUGACAUUAGAGAAGAAAAAUAGUGGUAUAUUGAAAUUCCAAUGAAAAUGAAAACUAUAGAAUUGUUGUAGUAAAUUGUUUUAUAAUCAAAUACUUCGUGUUGUUAUGACCAUUGCUCAGUAUUUAUUUCACAGUAUUACAUAGCAUAGUCAAAUUUUGCUGUUAGUUGUUUAUAUACACAAUUAAGAUAUAUUUUACACAAUUAAAUUAUAUUUUACACAAUAAAGGUAUAUUUAAUAGAUAUAUUUACACAAUUAAUUGGUGCACGAUACUAGCAGGAAUGUAGCCUUAGUUUGUAUAGUAGCAAAGAGAAAAAUGGCAUUAGAAUAACAUGGUAGUUGCAAACUAUGACACCGUAAAGAAACUGUCAGUAGCUACAGAAUAGUAGUUUGAAAUUAUGCCUUUGAGAACUUACAGCAAGAUAUAGCACUGUAUUCAUGAAUAUCAAUUCAUGAAAUGAAGUAAAUUCAGAAAGAUUUUGAAAAAAAAAACUUUCCUUUUUUGGAAAAAAUAAUGUUUUUUUUUUUUGCUGUCAUAUUGCUGGUGUACACAAACUUACAGAAUUAAGGAUAUUACUUAGAUAGUUUAUCAAGCUUGUUCUGUAUCUUGCCUGAGUUAUUGUCUAUAAUUAAAAUGAUUUCUUUUAUGUUUAGGGAUAUUGUAAUUGUUUUGUCUCAUGUAGGAAUUUUCAAAGUUUUUAUAUGUAGCAGAACCUAUUUAUUUUCAGAGUUACCGUAUAACGGGUAUUUUCUAUCUGCUGCUAAUUUAUACUAUUUUUCACGACCAAAUCAAAUUUGUAAAUAUUGGCCUCGUAUAAAUUUGCCGUGUAAAGUCAAGUAAACUGGUAGACCUUGUGAUUUCGUAAAUUUUAAAAUCGUAUAUAAUAAAAUCAUGUGUUUUUAACCCAAAUGCGUCAACUUUUACAGCAGUAAAAAUAACCCGUUAUACGAUACUUUCUAUAAAUAUAAUGUCUGUGACAGUGAAUUAUAUACAACCCAAAGUUUAUUAUAUGCACAGUGUCUCAAUAAAAAGGAUCAUCUCACAAUGUAUAAAAUCUUUUGUUUAUAUUCAAUAGCAAACUUUUUUGUACAUUUUAUGAAGCUUAUUUCAGCUUCAUUGAAAUUAAGAGGACCGGUACAAAACGAACUUAAUGGCAUUCAUGUCACCCAACUUUUGAAAAUAAGAACAGCUUAACACCAGUAAAAUUUUUGUAGAUUUCACAAUAGUAAACUUUCUGUAGAAAUUCGUUUCUACAAUUUGUUGGAAGUGAUACAAAGAUUAAAGAAAGAUACUUAACUGGCUUGCUUAAAAUUGUCACAGUAACUACAUGUUAUACCAGUAUUACAAUAUCUGACUUAAUGUGGCAUUUCCAGAUUUUAGUAGCAUAGAUACAUUGUCUCACUGCAACAACAUAUUAUAUAAUUAUCUGUUUUACAUUAUCAUGUUUUACUAUGCACUGGUUUGUAAAAACUUUUGUUAUAAUUUAGUCAUAUAUAUUUGUUUUUUUUGCUAUAUAAUUAUAUCAAAGCUAUCUGUGAUGUUUGUAUAUCUUUCGUGAUACUUUUUGUUGUGGUUUGAUCAAAUAAAAGUUUUCUUUUUUGCAAA